AUGGAAACUGACUUCAAUGCUGCAUCAUCUCUUCUGCACCUGACUUGCGACGCCGUGGUCGAGCUAGAUGCUGAUCUGCGAAUGACGGAGCACAAAGCCUCCUUGUCUGCUAUGAUGCUCCGGUGCAGGUCAGGAGGAACCUUGGCUGGCAUGGACUUCACGGACUUGCUUGCAGGUGCUGCCGAGGCCGGCCGUGUUGUGGAGCUGCUGCGGCGCUUCGAAGAUCGUCCCCCUGAGAGCGUCAAUGCCCAGGCCUUUCUGACACACCUCAUGGACAGCGACUCCAAUAGGUUUCGCACGGAAGUUUUCCAAGUGAUGUAUCACACCCCGCAGGGUGUUGCCAGGCACCUCAUUGGCCUCCGCGACGUUACAGACCAGGACUCCUUGGUAGGCAGCAAAGUCGUCGAGAGCUUGUCCACUUCUCCUCGCUCUAUCACGCCCGUGUCUGUGGGGGUAUGCAGUUCCCUUGGCUCAAAGCCGACUGCGCGUGCAGCGCCACCGCAGACCGGUGCUGUUGCUGAAGACAGGUUUCUUUCGCUUCUAAUCGACAUGGACCUUCAGAUUGUCCAGGCAUCAUCGCAGCUGUUUUGCCUGGGGAAGCAUCCGGCCACCUUGUUUUCUGCGGCUGGAGUGGAGCUUCUGGAGCGGAGUUGGCAUGAAAUGGAGACUGGCAGCUCUGCUUUGUCUUUCUCGGCGUUGGAGAUACGACUUGACACAGCAGAUGCGUGUGAUCUCAUCAGCGGCCGUUUGCAGGCAGUUCAAUCAACAAGUGGCUCUCGGAAGCUGCUGCUUUUUUGCAUGGCGCCGCUGAGUCUUCGGAUGACUCCCGAAGGGAGCUAUCCACAUGGCGAAGUCGAAAUCGAAGAGGUUUCUGUUUACUUUUGA